CUUGCAAAGAGCAAUGUGCGCGUGGAUUGCACUGGGUAGGAUCCUAGUACACGACGCAUCGACGCGCUGGAUCUGAAGCCCGCUCCUCGUCGCGCAGCGGUGACGUCUCGGCUUACCGGCACGUCCAGCUGCGUUACACUCGGAGGACGCGCCGAGUUACAUCUCGGCAAAGGCGUCCCGCGGGAUCAAUCCCUUGAUCCAGCUGUACGAUGUCUCCUACAGGCAUAUCUGGCAUAGUCCAAUUUCUCUUCUGUGGCAAAAUGGCGUCUGAGACCAAGCCGACGUCGGCGUCCUUCACAACGGUCGUCGCGCCCUUCCUUGCGUCGCUCUACGAGAUCCUCUCAAAAGAGGACGCGAGCAUCGUUGGCUGGUGCGAUGAUGGCAAGUCGUUCAUUGUCCACGACUACGAUGCAAUGGAGCGCGAUAUUUUGCCAACGUACUUUCGCCACAACAAGUUUGCGAGCUUUCAGCGCCAGCUCAACUACUUUGGCUUCCGCAAACUCCACAAGGCCAAGGAGAACGACACGAGCAGUACGUACUCGCAGCCGUUCUUCAUCAAGAGCGACCCGUCGCGCAUGCUCCAGAUCAAGCGCAAGACGCAGCGACUCAAGACACCGACGGCCGGAUCGACGCCAUCUGCAUCUGGGCGCCGGCCUUCGAGUGCGUCGACGCCGUCGUCGUCGUCGUCGAGCGACUUUAGCUUUUACAACCCGGACAUGCCGGCAUUCACGCGCAGCAAGAGCAUGUCCGACCCGAUGCUCUACCACAUGAACUAUGCGCCGUCGCUCUCUCGAAGCUCGAGCAACCCGACGCCGUUCGACACGGCGGGGUAUGACAACCGCCCACACCUGGACUUUGACCCGCUUUCGCUCGAGAGCAGCCCGUUCCUGAGCGUCCACGACCACAACAGCUACGACCUGCGACCGACGCUUGAUAUGUACCCGCCCCAGUACACCCCGCAACACCACCACCAGCAGUCGUACCACCAUCAGCAGCAUCCGCACUCGACGCCGAUGCACUCAUCCGUGGGCGUUGACACGCGCAUGGCGAUGGAGAUGUCAAGCAUGAAGAUGGCGUCGUGGGCAGAUGUCCGCCUCGAGGUGCCGACAACGAUGAGUGAGGCGGGGGGCGACAUCCAGCCCAUUCCGUUUCAGUGCACGAGCGGCAACGACAGCAUUGAUUUCUCGUCCGAGGAGCUCCAGAUGCUCUGCGACGCACCGCUCUGCUCCUAGUCGCCGCAGCGGUCCUGUAUCUAUACAACUAGGAUUUUACUACUACUACUAUUCAAUGUAAACGCGUGUCUAUCGACGCUUGUGGCUC